ACGUUAACAGAGGGAUAAUGUUUCAUCCACACCUCUCUUUUGAGGUGGAGAGGUGGAAUGGUGAGAGAGAUAGGAAGAAAAAAAAAAGUAAGAGAGAGAAAAUAUGAGAUAUGAUGGAUGAUAAGAUGAGAGAGAUAGAAAUAAAAAGAGCUGGAGAUGUGAAGUGUUUAAAAAAUGAGGUGUGUAUAUAUCAUUACUCUUAACAGAGGGACCCAUGUUCCAUCACCCACGUUUCUCUUGUCGUCAUGACUUAGCUGGAUUUCAUCUUCACCACCUCUUCUCUGGUUAUUACCCUUGCCACCAUUUCUGCUGCUUCUUCUUCACUCUCUCUACCUUGCAAGCUUCCUACACUCAACACUUUGACCUCAACACCAUCUUCUGCAUUCCAAAUACCAAAACCAUGAUCAUGACCAACCUCACUUCAUUCACACCAACAUCACUCUCACUCUCACUCACACAGCUAAUCCCAUACCUCAUAUGCUUCAUCCUCCUCCUCCUCCUCAUUGAACAGAUCACAUACCUCACCAAGAAACGCUUCAUCCCAGGCCCAACCUUCGUCUUCCCCUUCAUAGGCAACGCCAUCCCUUUAGUGAGAGACGCAACAAAAUUCUGGGACCUUCAAUCUUCCCUUGCAAAGUCCACACCUAUAGGCUUCUCCGUCAACUACAUCGUCGGCAAAUUCAUUAUCUACAUCAGAGACACAGAGCUCUCCCACAAGGUCUUCUCCAAUGUCAGGCCCGACGCCUUCCACCUCGUCGGCCACCCCUUCGGCAAGAAGAUCUUCGCUGAUCACAAUAUCAUCUACAUGAUGGGCCAGGAUCACCAGAAUCUCCGCCGUCGAAUCGCCCCCAAUUUCACCCCCAAAGCCCUCUCCACCUACAUCGCGCUCCAACAGAUCAUCAUCCUCAAACACAUCAAAUCAUGGACCGCCGGUGAGGCUCACCACCGCAACUCCGCCAUCCCCCUCCGCUUCCUAGUCCGUGACAUGAACCUCGAGACCUCCCAGACUGUGUUUGUUGGCCCUUACUUGGGCCCCGAGGCCCUCGAGAGGUUCGAGCGAGAUUACUUCCUCUUCAACGUCGGCUUCAUGAAGCUUCCAGUUGAUCUCCCAGGAACUUCCUUCCGGAACGCCAGGCUCGCCGGUUAUCGACUCGCCGAAACACUAGCCACCUGCGCCGGGAUGAGCAAGGCCAGGAUGGAGAAAGCGGAAGAGCCUUCUUGCCUAAUCGAUUACUGGAUGCAGGACACGCUACGAGAAAUCGAAGAAACUCGGCUUGCCGGAGAGCCAGCGCCGCCAUACUCCAGCGACGCCGAGAUUGGCGGUUACGUCUUCGACUUCAUCUUCGCUGCGCAGGACGCGUCUGCCUCGUCGCUUUUGUGGGCGGUGGCGCUGCUGGAUGAUCACCCGGAGGUGCUUGCUAAGGUCAGGGAGGAAGUCGCCGGAAUAUGGUCGCCGGAGUCGGAUGAACUGAUAACGGCGGAGAAUCUCAGGGAGAUGAGGUACACGCAAGCGGUGGCGCGUGAGGUGGUGAGAUACCGGCCGCCAGCGUCGAUGAUUCCUCACAUCGCGGUAGAGACAUUUCAGCUGACAGAGUCAUACAUGAUUCCGAAGGGGGCGAUUGUGUUCCCGUCGGCGUUUGAGUCGUCGUUUCAGGGGUUUACUGAAUCGGACCAGAUCGACCCGGACCGGUUCUCUGAGGAGAGAAAAGAGGACCAAAUAUUUAAAAGGAACUUUCUAGCGUUCGGGACUGGGCCCCACCAGUGUGUGGGCCAGAGGUACGCUUUGAAUCACCUUGUUUUGUUCAUCGCAAUGUUCGUCUCGUUGAUUGAUUUCAAGAGGGACAGAACGAAUGGUUGUGAUGAGUUCAUAUAUGUUCCCACUAUUUCCCCGAAGGACGAUUGCACAGUUUUUUUGUGUAAGCGAUGCGUACGGUAUCCUUCUUUCCCUUCCGUGGAGGAGCUCUUGAAAUGACCACAAUGCCCUUACUUAUUAUUUGUUUGUUUUUUUUUCCCAAAUGUGUAACCUUCGCAAAACGAGGUCUUGAUUUGUUUAUAUUUUCCUUGUGGUGGUUUAAAAAAUUUGUCGGUAUCUCUUACGUUUUACGCUUAAAAAGAAAAAGGCUUAAUUCCA